GCUUCGAAACCUCUUUCAUACACCUAACACAAUCUAUUUUAUAAUUCAUAAUAUACAAGCCAAAAAAACGACCCAUGUCCGUUAUUGUGUGGUGGCUAGUAACGGUGGUUCUGGUGGCGGUUCAUUCGGCCUCCGCUAGGGUUGUAGAAUUAGACUGGGAGGUUGAGUAUAAGUUCUGGUGGCCAGAUUGUAAAGAAGGCAUCGUUAUGGCCAUCAACGGCCAGUUCCCGGGGCCAACGAUUGAUGCUGUCGCCGGAGACAUCGUCAUCAUUCACCUCACCAACAAACUCUCCACCGAAGGUGUUGUCAUCCAUUGGCACGGCAUACGUCAGAGAGGGACACCAUGGUCAGAUGGAGCAGCUGGUGUGACACAGUGUCCCAUUAAUCCUGGCGAGACUUUCACUUACAAUUUCACAGUCGAUAAGCCGGGAACACAUUUCUACCACGGCCACUACGGGAUGCAGAGAUCAGCGGGACUGUACGGGAUGAUGAUAGUGAGAGCGCCUAAAGAGAAACUACGUUACGAUGGAGAGUUUAAUCUGCUGCUCAGUGAUUGGUGGCACCAAAGCACUCACUCUCAAGAACUGGCUCUUUCAUCGAGCCCUAUGCGUUGGAUAGGCGAGCCUCAGAGUCUAUUGAUCAAUGGGAGAGGACAGUUCAACUGUUCUCAAGCUGCGUAUUUAAGCAACGAAGAAGGGAAGAGGCAGUGCACGUUUAGAAAAAAUGAUCAAUGCGCACCUGAAACGCUGAGAAUUAGGCCUAAUAAAGUUUAUCGUCUUCGGAUCGCUAGCACCACCGCUCUUGCUUCACUCAACUUGGCCGUUGAAGGACACAAGCUAGAAGUCGUUGAAGCCGACGGCAACUACGUCAAGCCGUUCACCGUCGACGACAUCGACAUAUACUCCGGCGAAACCUACUCCGUUCUCCUCCGAACCCACUCAUCUCCAACCAAAAAGCACUUCAUCUCCGUCGGAGUCCGUGGUCGGAAACCCAACACCACUCAAGCACUCACCGUCUUAAGCUACGUGGACGCACCCGAAUCCGCACGCCCAACUCUUCCACCACCGGUGACUCCAAGAUGGGACGACUACAACCGCAGCAUAAGCUUCUCCAACAAGUUCUUCGCCGCAAAAGGAUACCCGCCGCCGCCGGAGAAAUCAGACGAACAGCUUUACCUCCUCAACACGCAGAAUCUCAUCGACGGCCACACGAAAUGGGCGAUCAACAACGUCUCCUUGUCCGUCACGGCGACGCCGUACAUCGGAGCCAUCAGAUACGGGUUGAGCUCGCUUAGCUACUUAAAAUCUCCGGCGAAGGAGCUGGUGGAGAGCUACGACAUCACGAAACCUCCGGUGAAUCCCACCACCACGAAGAGCAGCGGGAUAUACAAGUUCCCGAUGGGGAUCGUGGUGGACGUGAUUCUCCAAAACGCCAACGUUUUGAAAGGUAAGAUCAGCGAGAUCCAUCCGUGGCAUUUGCACGGCCAUGACUUUUGGGUUUUGGGUUACGGCGACGGGAAGUUCCGGCCAGGAGUUGAUGAGAAGAAGUAUAAUUUGAAGAAUCCGCCGUUACGGAAUACGGUGGCGUUGUAUCCGUUUGGUUGGACGGCGUUAAGGUUUGUAACGGAUAAUCCUGGGGUUUGGUUUUUUCACUGUCAUAUCGAACCGCAUUUGCAUAUGGGUAUGGGUGUGGUUUUCGCUGAGGGAGUAGACCGGAUUGCGAAGAUGGAUAUACCGGAUGAAGUGCUCGGUUGUGGGUUAACCAGGAAAUGGCUCAUGAACCGGGGACGCCACUAGAGAGCGGUGUUAUUCUAAUAUUAGUUGUGUGUGUUUUUGAUGUGUGUGUUAUAAUACCCUUGUAUGAUUGUUAAAUUAUUUUGGUGACAAAACCAAAUACUAUGUUUUGAUUAAGGCUUCAUCGAAACAAUCUGUUUUAUUCUCUU